CAGCAGUUGGCCUACCAACUGCCAGAUCCACCUUUGGUCUUUAGAGCCACAGAAGGACAUCCAGUGUGAGGUUCUCCAUUUCAGUCUCUCUUGUAAAGGGCCUGACAGUCCAUAUCAUAUGGUCAUGAGCAACCUUCAAGGUACUUCUGGACCACAGGGAUCAGGAAACUGCUCAGAUGUUCCCAACUUGCCAGGGCAGUGUGUGGAACAUCUAAGCCCAGAUGCACAAGAGCAAUUCAUCCCGAAGCCCAGAGACCAAUCAGGAAGCCAGCAGCAGAGAGAUUCAGAGAAGAAAAAAGUGAAAAAAAGGUGGUCUUUCAUAACUCGAAUAUUCCACAGGGCCUCGGUGCCCCAGCACGACCAAGUUUGCACAUCCCUGCCAGUCACUAAGCGAGGAAAACUCUUUGGAAAUGAUCUUGCCGUUAUUUGUGAGGAUGGAAAUCUUCCUAAAGCAAUUCUGGAUAUGUUCUCACUUAUCAAUGAAAAAGGACCAAGCACUGACGGUAUCUUCAGGCUAUCAACCAAUAUGUCAGCAUGCCACUCCCUAAAAGACAAGCUGGAUUCUGGGACAAAGGUGAACAUGAACAAGGAAGAUGUCCACGUAGUGGCAUCUGUCUUAAAGGAGUUUCUUCGUAGUAUCCAAGGAAGUGUGUUGACAUCUAGACUGUAUGACGUAUGGCUUGGUGUCCUUGACCAAAGGAAUGAAGAGGAGAAACUAGCUGCAGUGCAGAGUGUUCCCUUAGUUGAACACAUUACAGAAAGCCGUAAGUGUUUUAGUCUUUUAGAGCAGCUGCCCCACCCAAAUGUCAUUCUCUUGAGACAACUUUUCAGAAUGUUACACAACAUAGACAGAAAUUCUGCAGUUAAUCAGAUGACCGCUUACAGUUUAUCUGUUUGCAUGGCCCCAAGUAUCCUAUGUCUGCCUAGUUCCUGCAGCUCUGGAUUAGCAAAUGACAUCUCAAAUGAGGUUUCCCUUAUAAAAUUUCUCAUUGGAAACAGUCUAAAAAUAUUUGGAGAAGACAUGGCUUUAUGCUCUCAGGCCACCUCACUGUCUUGCCCUGAUGUAGAGAAAGCAUCAUGUUCCCUAAACAAUAUAACUUACUUUGGUGAGACAGCGGACAAGGAAUAUCAAGAUAACCGCUGUCGAAGUGGGAGGUCAUGCCCUACAGGCAAGGAUUCAGUGACCAUAAGUCCAGCUGUUCCUCUUCACAAUGAGGGGACUAUAGAAUCUGAGAAACCUGUCAAAAGACAAAUGAUUACAAAACCAAUGAUUACCUGUGGCUCUGGUACCAGCCAUGACAAUGUGUGUAUGACCCCAUCCCCAUCAGCACCAAACAAGGGACACCUCUUUGGAAAGUCUCUCAAGAGUAUCUGUAAGGAUGGUAAUCUGCCUGCUCCAAUUUUGGAUAUGCUCUCUCUCAUCGAUGAAAAAGGACCAAGCACAGAAAGAAUCUUCAGAACGUUAGCUAAUAAAUCAUACCUCACCUUAAAACAAAAGCUUGACUCUGGAGAGGAAAUUAACUUGAGACAGGAAUCUGUUUAUGUUGUAGCAUCUGUCAUAAAGGAAUUUAUUAGGAAUAUCCAAGGAAGCUUACUUUGUUCUAAUCUGUAUGGAAAGUGGCUUGAUGUCCCUCAUCUAGAAUCCCAUGAUCAAAAGAUUUCUGCUAUACAAAGUCUUUUAAAACAGAUGCCAGAACCCAACGUCCUCCUUGUGAGACACCUCCUCAGUGUGCUACAUAAGAUUAAAAGUCGCGUUUCUGUUAACCACAUGACGGCUUAUGCCCUAUCAGUUCUCAUAGCUCCAAAUAUGCUUUGGAAUUCUACCCCCUUGAAAUCAGAGUUUGGGAAUGACAUCUCACAAAAGAUUGCUAUUGUAGAAAUUCUUAUUGAGAACUUUCUGGAGAUAUUUGGAGAAGAUGCCACUGUGUUUUAUGGAGAGAUCCCAAAGAGUUGCAGGGAAACAGAGAACGCUUUAGGUUUCCUGAAUACUGUUGCUGACUCUAAUAAAAUGAGGAAUGCCAGAGGUGACAAUAAGGGCAUCUGUCAUAGUGAAAAGAUGCAUCCUCACGAAUAUGAAGGAGAGAGUUUAUCUGCUUCUUAGGAAGAAGACCUCACAGAAACGACUGCAGGAGGAGGGUGGCAAGCAGCAUCUGGAUGGCCAAAUAACUUCUGGAUGAAAUUUUUUUCUCAGCAACUGAAUACUUGAAUCCCCAGGACUACAUUGAAUUUCUCUUCUUCCUUCACUUUAUUGAUUAUUCUACUAAACUCCUUUUUUUAUAACCUGUUUUACCAAUGUUUGAAGGAAUUUGUUUGGAUUUCUGCUUCUGCCCAGAAAUGAGAAUCCUGUCCCCAAACAACAUGCCACUAUCAACCAAUAGAGGCACCGAAGGAGAUUCUUCUAGAAUGUGCGACUUGAGCCUUAAGUAAGCACUUCUCAAGUCCCAUUCCUUCUGAAUGUGUCGUGUCCCCUCCCACUUACCAAUACCUAAGAAAAGCUUAAUAAUAAACAGUAUUUCUCUUUCUCCAUUUUA